UAGGAAGAGGAGAAUUCACUCUGGACACCAUCGCUCCCGGGGAUUACCGCUGAAUGAGUUUGCUUUAUCCAUCCUGACUUACAUAACAGCUAGUCACUCGUGCGGUCUUUCGCGGACGAUAACUCAAAGAGGUUAAAUUAGGAGCGCUCAUAAUGUCCGUGGUUGGCAUUGAUGUGGGUUUCCAGAACUGUUACAUCGCCGUGGCCAGGAGCGGAGGCAUUGAAACUGUUGCCAAUGAGCACAGUGACAGAUGCACACCGGCUUGUGUUUCACUGGCCUCCAAAAAUCGCAUGAUUGGAAAUGCAGCCAAGAGUCAGGCUAUAACUAAUUUCAAAAAUACCGUGCAUGGCUUCAAAAAGUUCCACGGCAGAGCAUUUGAUGAUCCAUUUGUCCAAGCAGAAAAAAACAGGCUCCCUUACAGCUUGCACAAGCUGGCCAAUGGAAGCGCAGGAAUUAAGGUGCGUUACCUCGAGGAGGAGAAAGUGUUCACAGUGGAGCAGAUCAGUGGGAUGCUGCUCACCAAGCUGAAGGAGACGUCAGAGAGUGCCUUGAAGAAACCGGUGGUGGACUGCGUCGUCUCUGUCCCAAGUUUUUUCACUGACGCUGAAAGACGGUCAGUCCUUGAUGCGACUCAGAUUGCAGGGCUGAACUGUUUGCGGCUGAUCAAUGACACCACUGCAGUGGCUUUGGCUUAUGGGAUUUACAAACAAGACCUUCCUACUCCAGAAGAAAAGCCAAGAAAUGUAGUUUUUGUAGACAUGGGACACUCAUCAUUUCAAGUCUCAAUCACUGCUUUUAACAAAGGCAAACUCAAAGUUCUCGCCACAGCGUUUGACCCAUACCUUGGUGGGCAUAAUUUUGACGAAGUGUUGGUUGAUCACUUCUGCGAGGUGUUCAAGACCAAAUACAAGCUCAAUGUGAGGGACAAUCCGAGAGCUUUGCUUCGGCUCCAUCAGGAGUGUGAGAAGCUGAAGAAGCUCAUGAGCGCCAACUCUUCUGACCUGCCUCUGAACAUCGAGUGCUUCAUGAAUGACAUUGACGUCUCCAGCAAGAUGAACAGGGCACAGUUUGAAGAAAUGUGUGCUCAAUAUGUAGUGAGGGUGGAGGGGCCGCUCAAAGCAGCCUUUGAACAAUCAAAGUUGAGUCGGGAUGAAAUCUAUGCAGUUGAGAUAGUUGGAGGAGCCACGAGAAUCCCGGCUGUCAAAGAGAGAAUCUCCAAAUUUUUCUGCAAAGACAUCAGUACCACACUGAACGCUGACGAAGCUGUGGCACGGGGCUGCGCCCUUCAGUGCGCAAUUCUGUCUCCAGCUUUUAAGGUUCGAGAAUUCUCUAUUACUGACGUGGUUCCUUUUCCUAUAACUCUGCGCUGGAAGUCUCCAACAGAGGAUGGACUGGGGGAGUGUGAAGUAUUUAGUAAGAAUCACGCUGCUCCUUUUUCCAAAGUGAUCACUUUCCACAAGAAGGAGCCCUUUGAUCUGGAAGCGUUUUACAGCAGCCCUCAGGAGCUCCCUUACCCCGACCACAGAAUAGGCUGCUUCUCAGUGCAGAAUGUGGUUCCUCAGCCAGACGGAGACAGUUCCAAAGUCAAAGUCAAAGUGCGUGUCAACAUUCACGGCAUCUUCAGCGUGUCCAGCGCGUCACUGAUUGAGAAGCUGAAAGGGGAAGGAGAGGAAAUGCAAAUCGAGUCAGAGCCAGUGCUGCAGAAUGAAGGCAGAGCAGAGGAGCAGACCAAAAUACAGGUGGACCAGGAAGGUCAAAGCCAGGGGAGCCAGCAGAACGAGGACACUAAGGAAGGGGCAGCUGCAGAAAUGCAGGAUCCAUCAGCUGGAGGAAGCAAGCCAAAAGUCAAAGUGAAGAGCAUUGAUCUUCCCAUUGUGGCUAACAACAUCCGGCAGCUGGACAGCGACAUUCUUAUUAACUUUGUGGAGUAUGAGCGCCAAAUGAUCAGCCAGGACAAACUGGUAAAAGAAGUAAAUGAUGCUAAAAAUGCCGUGGAGGAAUAUGUGUAUGAUCUGAGGGAAAAACUCUGCGGGAUUUAUCAAAAGUACAUCACUGAAGAGGACAGUAACCGUCUGACACUGAUGCUGGAGGACACAGAGAACUGGCUGUAUGAGGAUGGAGAGGACCAACCAAAACAAGUCUACGAGGAGAAGCUGGGUGCACUCCAGAGGUUUGGUCAGCCCAUUCAGGACCGGCACAGAGAGAAUGAGGACAGGCCAAGAGCUUUUGAAGAGUUGGGCAAGAAACUUCAGCUCUACAUGAAGUUUGUAGAUUCCUACAGACAAAAGGAUGAACGUUUUGUGCAUUUAAAUCCAGACGAAGUAAGCACCGUUGAGAAGUGUGUGAGUGAAAGCAUGGGCUGGAUGAACAACAAGAUAAAUGCACAGAGCAAACUUGCAAUAACUCAAGACCCAGUGGUUAAAGUAGCAGAUAUCAUUGCAAAAAUCCAGGAACUGGAAGGUGUUUGUAAUCCAGUGAUCAACAGGCCAAAGCCCACAGUGGAGGAGCCACCUGAAGUGAACGACCCCAACAGUGGAGCUCAUAACGGUCCAACAUCUAAUCAAGAAGCAGAAGGGCAGGGAGAAGCAAAGGGGAGCCAGCACACGAAGCCUGGCACAAAACACAUGGAAGUAGACUAAAGAUUUGCCUCUAAUAAGCAAACUCUUCAACCAGUUCACCAUCACUCGCUAUUUAGACUGUAGCAAGAGAAAUACUGGGACCAUUUCUCAGUUCUCACCAGUCAUCUCAGUGGAAUUGUUUUUGUCUUUUUCCAGUGGACUUUACCUUUUUGAGGAUUUUAAAUUCACCCUAUCAUUCCUAUGUGCUACAUACAGUGCUGUGCUUUAUUCUCUCGAGAUCUGACAUAC